AUGUCGCAGGAAGACCUCAGAGAAUCCCCCCAGGCUAACGGGACGGUACUUGCGGCCCCCAGCUUCAGCACAAAUGGUGGUGGCAUCCCUGGGGCAUCUGCCGAUGCAGCUUCCUUCACCGUGGGUGCGCGGAGACCAGAGCGUAUGCAGAGCGGCAAAGCAAAGCGGGAGCACCAUCAUCACCGCUCGCAGUCUCGGCAUCAUGGCCAUCCCCAGGAGUUGAAGACGGUGGGAGAGUAUGCGUUGCACCACUUGUUCAACUCGUUUGUCGGCCAGGCGGACCAAAAGAUCAAUCAAUGCAUCAACGACCCAAGUCAGCCUGAACCUCGAGUCGAGCUGGUCUGCGGCCCUGGCAUUGACCCCAAUUUCGACCAGCUUAUAUCAGCCUUAGGCCACAUUGCUCGCCAAAAACCAAAGCCUUUGAUAGACACACUUAUGUUCUGGCGGAAGGCUAAAAGUGAGGCUGCAAAUACUGCCAGACUGGAAUUGAACAACUCGCGAGGCGUCACCCCACCGACGAAUGGACUCCUCCCUCGUAGAAAUACUGAGCCUAUGCACGCUUUCAGUGAUGGCCAGCCCUCAGCGACAUCAGUAUCUACCUCGCCCAAUGUUAUACUCCUCCGUCAGCAAGCCGUGUUCCAGGCCGAGCGCCGAUCAACCGUCUCCAUCUACAUCCUUUGUCGCGUACUUAUCGAAAUAAUUGGUCAGAGUGACCUCGCAUGUGUCACACUUGAAAUGGCAAAUCGUCUUGAAGACAUAAUCUAUACCCAGCUGAAAGGUGCUGAUCCCGAGUCAUUAGAGGAAUCCCCUUUGCGACAUGCCAAUUGGCUUAUAUUCGGGCAACUCUUAGGAGUAAUGAGCGAAAUCAACUUUGACAGCGUAUCUGAGCGUUUUGUUGCAGAUCUUGAGAAAAUGCAGAAGCAUUUAGGGGUUAAGGGUCUUGCGAGUAAAGAAAUUGAAGGAAAGGCGGUGCUGGUUGUCCGAGGCAUGAGAUACCUACGGUUGAAGAGCUAUCCCGAAGAGGCUUGGGAUCAUUCGUGCGAUUUCAUGCAGUCGCUCGCUAGACUGUUUGUCAAUGUCCAUGGACGGCCGGUGAAAUAUGCCUAUUGCCAACUACUGAAGGAGCUACUGCUUCGAAUAGCAGAGAAAGCAACGAUCGAGCUCAACGUGCCGAAAUGGAGAACCGUGGUCGAUACCAUCAAACCUAGGCUUUCACUACUCCUUAGCAAACCAAAACAUUGGCACGAAGCGUAUCCUCUCAUGGUGGCCUUGCUAUGUGUUUCCCCAACGGAGACGUUCGCAAACCAAUGGCUCGCUCUUGCGCUGUCUUCUCAACCACGUUUGAAAGAACGUACGACACGGGUCACUGCUCUCAGGGGGAUAUGCCGAUUAGUGUGGACCUACAUUUACCGAAACAACACAGAACCCCCAAACGCUGUCACGAGAAAGCUAGAGGAGAUUAUCCGUUUGGUUUUUCAGCCUGGAAAGCGGUCCUACAUCUCCACGGAAACCGCAAUUGUCGAGCCGCUCAUACAAUUGAUCCGAAUAAUUGGCUUUAAACAACAGGAUCUCUGCUUUAGAACGAUCAUCUUUCCACUUCUGAACUCCGACCUGUUCUCUUCAGGCAAAGAACUCAGAGUGGGCGACCUCGAGCCUGAAAGAAUGGUCAUUGGUAUCCGAUCAUUCCUCGCUAUCAUGGCAGACUUGGAGAAGGGUUCACAGCCACCUUUCCCCAUAACCUUUGAUUGCGAUCCUUACGUGGAACCCAUUGAAAUACCCUCACUUCCCAUCAGUCCACGUCCUGCCGCUCUCCACAUACCGCUCAAGUCGUCCCUCGUACGAGAGGAAAGGCUUUCAAGACCCGUGAUAAUCACAGGAUUUGGUGAAAUCGCGAAAGAGUAUUACAUCAAAUUUUGUAAGAUUUUGGGCGAAAUAACCCUAAUUUGCGACAAUGCAUUCGGCGGACAAGCCGUCUUAGACGAGAAAUUUGCUGUACAAACUCCGAAGACUCCAAUGGCCGAUGCCUUCAGCUUUGGGCGAAGAGAAGAUCACCAAAACCCGACCGAUCUCAGACAGGGCUUCUACGACUUGUUACACGUUGCAGUGCAAGCUUUGCCUCGCUGCCUUUCUCCUCACAUCCCCUUCAAUUCUCUCAUCAACUUAUUGUGUACUGGCACCGCACACGUCCAGAGCAAUAUCGCAGCUUCCUCGGCUCAAUCCUUGAAAUCGAUAGCACGGCAAUUGCAUGCCCAACAAGUUACCAUUGGCUUUGCACGAUUCAUUUUCAAUUUCGACGAUCGAUAUGCAACAAUGUCCGAUGGCGGCAUGCUUGGUCCUGGACACAUCGAGAGCACCUUGAAGCUUUACGUAGAGUUACUUCAAAUCUGGAUCGAGGAAAUCAAGCAGAAAUCGAAACGAAAUGCUCUCGACACUCCGGACGACGGUUUUUCCGGCAACCGUGGCGCCCAGCUGGAUCUUUCCGGCAUUUGGGCGCAUGUUGACGAAGUCGAAUCUCAUGGCCUCUUCUUUCUAUGUUCUCCAUCCAGGCGCGUACGCUCUUAUGCUGUUACUGUCUUACGACUGAUCACCGAAUUUGACAAAGCCUUGGGUGGGAGUAAUACUAGAAUCAUACGGGUCAUGGAAGAAAGCGCCGAAGUGAUGAAACUCAACGACGAGAAGUUAUCACUCGCGGAAAGGAGCCGGCUUCAGAGAGGCAUGAAAAAGAGCAACGCGGAGAGCACCUUAAUCGAGCUUUGUAGCAGCGAAGUGCCGUACGAUGCUAUGCUUUGGUUCAAAGUCUUCCCGAACUUAGUUCGCAUUAGUUUCGACCAAUGCCCGUUUGCUGUCACUCUUACUCGCGACAUUGUUUGCGCCAGGUUAUCUCAAAUGCACAGGACUCUGCUCUCCUUGGCAGAAGGGAACCGUGGCAGUCCCUACUCCACCUUCGACAAUGCUACAGGCAAAGUAGUUGGACGCUUAGCAACAACAGCCCCAGACGUCGUUAUUGAGCAAUGGAAGUUGUAUCUCAUUUUCGCUUGCACGACGCUGACAAAUCUCGGCGGUCAGCAAAAUACUCAGAACCAAGCAGCUCAACACUCCAGAAAGAAUUCUAAAUCAUCUCAGAAGAGCCAGAACAAGGUAUACUCUGCCAGUGACCUCUUUGCCAAGGUUCUUCCAUUUCUUGCAGUCGGGAACCCAAAGAUCAGGGAAGCCGUCGUGGUUGGGCUAGGCUCUAUCAGCAUCAACCUUUAUCGAACACUGCUGGAGUCUCUUCAAGUAUAUGUCGCGACAUGUGCCGAUGAAGCAAAAUCACGUCUGGGAAUGCAUCAGCGGACUGUGAGCAGCCCUCGAAGAAACCGGCGGACUGAUCAUCUUCGCACUGAGAUCACGAAUCUCUAUAAGGUCACUUCAGGUUUCUUGACAAAGCCAGAAAUUUACAACGAUGAAUGGAUCUUGAACAAUCUGGUCAACUAUACCAAAGACCUCCGGAUAUUUCUUAGCGACGCAGAGGUGCAAAACGAAUGGGAUUUCCAGAAGCUACGUACGCACUAUUGUGGUCUGAUUGAGGAACUGUUCGAAGGCAUCAACAGAACAUCCGACCCCAUCCGAUGGAUGCCAUUCCAAGCUCGCAAAGCCGCCUUUGCUCUCAUGGAAGAUUGGUGCGGUUACUCUCCAAAUCAAAGUCAGAUAAGGCAAAGAGAGGACCACAUGGCACGAUCAAUAAUGGAUCGUGAGCAAGAGUCAGGUGGCAAAGGCAGCACUACUGCUACUAUAGCAAUUGAGAAGAGAGAAUUAGGAACUGCUGCCCUCAGCGCAAUGGCAUCGCUAUGUGGCGGACCAGUUUCUAUUCAAACACAGCAAAAUUUCCUCCACUUCGACGUCAACAGGAUGCUGUCUUGGAUCAACACAAUCUUCGAAAAUCCCAGUGACAGAACACACGCCAUUGGCCGUCGUGCUCUGACAAAUCUAAUUAUGCAUAAUCGAGAACAUUCCUAUCUCCUGGAUAGAUCGAUUGAGAUGUGCUAUCGGUCGAAGUCUUCGAAGGCAUUAGAGAGCUACUUUGAAGUCGUGACACAAGUCUUGACCAAGGAGGAGUCUUACACGCUACCGUUCUGGAAGGUGCUUAGCGCCGGGCUAUACACUCUCGGACACGAAAACUACGAACUGCGAAUGAAAUCAGCAAGACUGCUCCGAACCCUCGAGGCGCGCCAGCAGAAGAACUCUAAGUUACAGGAUUUGGAUAUUAGUAUUUCUGACAAGACUAUUGCGGUCUACAAACUUGCUCAAUUCGAAACAUCACGACGGCUGGCCAAGCAACACCCGGAGUUAGCCUUCCAUGUAUUCUCGCAAUUUUCCGUCUACUUCAAAGAGCUGCAGCCAGAUCAUCAGCGAAAUGUGGUGGCGGCGCUGCUUCCGUGGAUUCAAACUAUCGAACUGCAGCUCAGUCCUGACGGCGGGCCGACAGCGAGCUCUUACAUGCUUUUAGUCAAUCUUUUUGAGAUAACGGUUCGAUGUGGUAAUGCUCUUCACAACGAAAUUCAAGCCUUAUGGCAGGCGUUAGCGACGGGUCCUCACGCGGGAAAUGUCCAGUUGAUUCUGGACUUCAUAAUCCUGUUGUGUUUAGAAAAGAGAGAGCAGAAUUUCGUGGAUUACUCUAAACAGAUUGUUGUACAUCUGUCUAGCACACCAGCUGGCCUCAAGGUCUUCGAAUUUUUGCUCAUGAAAAUCAAUCCGAGGACAAUGGUUGUAGAAAAGGUGGAACCAACGACCCCACCCCAGGAUACUACAUCGCUUCCCUAUCUCGCAGAUCUCGGUCAGGUCUUACCGAGUAGCAGUAAACAGUCCGGGUUUUCGAUGGGCCAAUUAUGCCUCAUACUAUUGGUAGAUCUCAUGGUAUCUCCCUUUCAGCUUUCACAAGAGCAUGUACCGCUCCUGCUCCAGGUCGUACUUAUCCUGUGGGAUCACUACACGCCACUCGUCCAGGACCAGGCCCGAGAAAUGCUGGUUCACUUGAUACACGAACUCGUCAUCUCAAAGAUUGAGGAUGGAAGCACUGAACCAGACAAGAAAGCCAUCGAAAACUUCAUUGAAAACAUUCGCCGCCACAAACCUGAGAUAGUCUGGGAAUACGAAGAUAACAACGGAAAGGACGACGAAAGCUCAGGUAUAAGGGUCCCUAAAGGCAUGAUCCAUGUCGCAGACCAGGUCCUUGAUAUUUUUUCCCUGGCAUACCCGGGGAUUCGCGAGGAAUGGGGCAGGGUCACCUUGAGCUGGGCAACCUCUUGCCCUGUGCGCCAUUUGGCAUGCCGGUCUUUCCAGCUAUUCCGCUGCAUUUUAAGCACCCUCGAUCAACACAUGCUCUCGGACAUGCUCGCAAGGCUCUCAAAUACGAUCUCGGAUGAUGAAGGUGACAUACAGACCUUUUCGAUGGAGAUUUUGACUACUUUGCGAACUAUCAUCGAAAAACUUGAACCGUCGGAUCUUUUGCAAUAUCCUCAACUGUUCUGGACGACAUGCGCUUGCCUUAAUACGAUUCACGAGCGAGAAUUCAUGGAGAGUCUUGCUAUGUUGGACAAACUUUUGGACAAGCUCGACUUGAGUAACGAAGCCACUGUCACCACUCUCGAGGACAACUAUCCUCAAAAAUGGGAUAUGCCUUUUGAGGGCAUUGCUGGUUUGAUAUACAAGGGAAUCAGGUCAAGUGUAUGCUUGGAUCGAUCGCUGGGUAUUCUUGAACGGCUAGUCACUCUUCCGUCCAACAGUCUUGUUGGAAACGACAAUCGCCUACUAUAUACGAUACUUGCGAACUUCCCAAAAUUCCUCAGAUCGUUCGAACAAGACAUACCAGACCCAAACAUAUUUAAGACGGCGGAGGUCUUGGCUAAUAUGUCUGAAUACGGAUGUCCCAGUCUAUCUCGAGCGCUCAGUGGUUUCGCAACUCAGCGGUACCGCACCGACAAAGAUUUCCUUGGACAAGCCGCAUCCGCUUUGCGAUCAUCAAUCUUUCCAAACUGGGAGUACAAAAGCCUAAUAUUCCUACUCAGCCUGCUUACCAACAAGCUGCCAUGGGUGAAGAUCCAGACGAUGCGUCUUUUGUGCGUAAUCAUACCCGAGAUUGAUAUGCGCAAGCCAGAAAUCGCGGCGAAGGGGCCGGAUCUUACAUCACCCCUACUACGGCUUCUCCAAACGGAAUUCUGUCCGCAAGCCCUGCAGGUGCUUGACUAUGUCAUGAACAUGACUGGUACACCUACACCUUUGGACCGACAUCACCUUCGCAUGAGUAUGGCGGGGUCACACUCUAGCCGAGCGUUUCGAAAGGAGUACGACAAGACACAGAGUCUGUAUGGCAUACCCGAGGAGACAGGCUGGUCGAUCCCGAUGCCCGCUCAUUACUCGGCUUCUACACGCAAUAAUGUGCAUGCAGUGUUUUACACUUGCAUGACACCAGAAAGCAACAAUCUGUCAGAAGUCACGACUCCGAAGAUCGAAUUCCGUCAAGAAGAAUUCCCCUUCAGUCCAUUUCCCGACUAUCGCACUACUACAAUGACCUCUACGUCCGAGGACGUCCGCGGAGAUGGUCAUAUUGGUGAGCUGGUUAUGAAGCUUGAUAGUCUAGAUGACUUCUUCGAAGACGACGACACUGAGACACUCUCCGAGCUUCCUUCUAACCUUUCUCUCGGACGGUUCAACUCAAGCCAGGCUGAUGUGCGAGAGAAUGUCUACGAUCAACAAACGCUUCCCAUUCUACACAAGUCUCUCACUCGGAACGCCAGCGUUACAUCAUUUCAAUCUGGCUUUGCUGAUGCCAAGGUGCCAGCGCCGCCAAGAGACCCAGGCGUCAUGACCCCAACGCUGUUCACGGCGCCAUCCGGAUCUCUUGCGCCUGCACCGUCUGGUCCCCUUCCGCGGCCAGGUCUGCACUCUCGAUCUGUCACGUCACCUUCGGUCAAUCAGCGGACACCACCAGCAUUUCCGAUGAGUACAGAUGACAAUGAAGAACCCUUCUCGGACGACGACGCAUCAACAGGACGUAUGACCACCGUAGAGAAAUCUUUCUCUCUUGAAGGCAUGAUUCGCCCUCUUACUCAAGAUACCAGGUCACGAAUCAGGUCCGGCAUGCGACGAUUGACAGGCGGAGGAGGAGACGCGAAGGAGAAGGAGAGGACGAGAGAGGCCAUACGGGCGGCGUUGCAAAAGAGCCCACAGGUGCCAAAGGUUCCUGACAUCUACCUACAGAACCCGAAAUCAGCGGAACCGUGA